CGAAAGUCUUCGCGCCUGAGCGCGCCUGAGCUUGGGUUCGUGCAGUGAAUUGUCGGCCAUUAAUAACUUCGGCUAGCGUCAUAAUUUACAACUGGAAGGCACAAAUACUUGUCGUCACAACUUCAUAGUAACAGCGCAGAGUGAAUGCAGGACAAUUGAUUCUUUUUGAAGUACUUCAUACGCCCUUUUGCAUUCACAGCAACUUCCAACUUCCUGGACCGCCGCGCCUCGUCUCGUGUUACUCGACACCAACUCUGAAUGAUUCAGACUUGAGCUGCUUGCUCCUGCGCAACGGUUCACCUCUCCCCGCCGACUAUCCGACCGGUCUUCUGGUGGCCUGGGUAGUUCGCGCCUCGAAGAUCAUAGGCAUGGCGACAGUACCAGCGAACGGAGCGUUCGGGACUGCCGCCGCCGGCGAGAGCGGUGAGGAGGUUCUGCUCAAAAUCCAUGAAGCCCUCAAAGUCGUCCACAGUCCCUACUCGACCAACCAAGCCCGGCAAGAGGCUCAGGCCUUCCUGGAAAGCGUCAAGACACUCGUCGAAGCUCCCUCGCACGGAUUCGAGCUUGCCUUCAGGAGAACACAAGAGCCCAUCGUCCGACACUACGGCUUGUCGCUCCUCGAGCACGCGGUGAAGCACAAGUGGGAGGAAUACAGCCCCGAACAUCGCGAAUACCUCCGGACAUGGGUUUUGCAACUGGCGGAGAUGGUUUCCGUCGACGACCCGGGGUAUUUGAGGAACAAGAUUGCCCAGCUCUGGGUCGAGGUAGCCAAGCGUUCUUGGGUUGCCAGCUGGAUGGACAUGGACUACCUGCUGGUACGCCUGUGGCAGGUUUCCAACUCGACUGUCCACAAACAGUUUGUCCUUCAGAUCCUCGAAACACUCUCCGACGAGAUCUUCAACGGAGACGAUGCCGUGGUUGCCCUCCGUGAGGGAGCUUUGAGCAAGGCAUGUGUGGAGAUCUUUACACCUGCUGCUAUCCUGGCCGAAACGUUUCCCAACCGUCAAGCAGGCCCCGAUGUACGGUUCGAGAGCGAAGGAUGGCUGAAUAGAAUAACGCAACUCAUCAGCGAGUGCCUCCGCAGUGGUCUUGAGCGAAACGAAGAUGUUAGGGCUUGUGUUAUCAAGGCACUCAACGUUCUCAACUCCGCUGUUCCGUGGGCGAUCCCGAAAGCCCUACAUGCGGUCGGUUGCCGUGAGGUCAUGUGCAGUGGUCUCGCCGCUCCAAGCGUUCCUGUGCGAAAGGCUGCCCUCGAGUCGCUGUACUCUCUCUACAGCCGCCCGAUUUUUUCCGAAGAGGAAUUCGCCGACCUCGUGGUGCCCAUGUACAGCGAGGCCAUGGUUGACCUCUUCAGGCGGCUCUUGGAAUGGUCAGCCGUCGAUGCGCAGGAUAUUGACGACGACAAGUACCAGUUCGCCAAGAAGUUCUCUGAGAUGCUCUGCUCUCUGGGUAACCUGCUAGACAGGAAGUUUGGCGCUAUCCCGCCUCAGACCAACAUUCGAGGUUUCUUGCAGCUCCUGAUGCAGGUGGUGCAAAGCCAGAGUCUCGUCGUCUCAAUUCCGAUACUUCUCUCCUGGACUCGCAUCUUAACUCAUGGGGCACUCGGCCCGGCCGCUGCUGAUAUGCCCUUCAUUGUGGACCUCUUAGAACUGUGCAGCAACCGCUUGAUUCGUUACGAGAGCUUCCCGGAUGAUACAGAGGAUCCCGUAUACCUACUUCUGAUCGAGGACACGGACACGAUCCCCGAACGGCAUGCCUUCCUUGGCAACUACCGGCGAUAUUGCUGUUCGGUUAUUGAGAGUAUAGUCAUUCUCAAGAUGUCUGAGGCAUUCUCCCAUAUCUUGAGCAGGGCCGAGAACGCCCUAAGAACGUUGUACGAGGGGCAACCUCCUCUCAACCUCGCAAACUACUCCAGGAACUCUCUGCCUGUCUUGACUGUCGACGCUCAUGCGACCGUCAUCGAGGCGGCGCUGAAAGGUUACGACAGGUGGAGAACCACCCGUAACCGGUCUCCAGAGGAGAAACAGCAGGCCGCGGCUGUGGAGGAAUAUUUUGAAAAGUGGUGCGGCCAACUCUUGGAUAUGAAUUUUGAGGAUCCCAUUAUUCGCAAGCGGAUUCUCCAACUACUCGUCAACUUCUCGACCAAAGCACUAGAUUCGAAUCCUGCCUUUAUGCUGAGAGUGCUAGAGCACAUCCUGAUGACUUGGCCGGCUUUGCAGCCAGAACAUCGGCUAUUUAAUGACGCGAUUAGAGACCUCCAGACCGAGAGCAUGGUUGAGUUGCAACGGCUCGCGUCCAAGAUGCCCGAUCCUCUCCUUGACGUGUAUGAUCAGUUAGAGGCCAAGGUACAAGAGUUGGUCGCGUCCGGGACGCUUGAUGAGAAGCGCCAGGUCGCGUACCAGAGCUUCCUAUUCAUCAUCAUUCACCGGGCUACUCGAAUUGAUCAAACAACGCGUCUCUCGCGACUCACCGCUUUCAUAGAGCCCGUAAAGAACCAGUGGAAGGACGAAUCCCUGAAGCAGGCCUUAGGCUCCUACAACGGCUUCUGUGAGCUACUGGGUCUUGAUAACGCACAGAAAUACUUGGUGCAGCGUCGCGUUCACGAGAUUGCCGACUGGGGCUCUACGAAUCUCGAUAACGAAGGGCUCGCUCUCCAGGCCGAACUGGAGCAGAGACAGGCGCUACUGCCUCUACGCGUGACGAAAUCUUUCUUGACUUACUCCGUUGAGAGGAUAGAGAGGAAUUCGCCUCCUUACCAGGCAUCUUGCACUCUUUGGCAAGACGGGUUCCAGAUCAUCUUGCCGGAGCUUCUCAAGUUUCUCAGCUAUGCACACGCAAGCCAUAAUCCAACCAACUGGAGCUUGCUACCGGCAGAGAUGCAGCCGGUAGUGGGACGCCUGCUGUCAGACCGUUUCUGGCAGGCUGGUAUCUCUGAAGGGAGCAAGGAUGACUUCUAUGCCAGGGUACUUGGGAAGAAGAACACCCUAGAAGGGCUCGCAUCCACCAUCCGAGGUGCUGUCCGGUUCGUACGGGAGACCUGCUACGCCAUCAUCUAUUGCAUGACUCGGCUUGACAUGCAAUUCUAUGGGUUUCUGGAGCUGCCAGGGCCGUUGGCGAACGCUCUAUUUACCGACUCGUUCUACCUGUCGUCCCACCAAGUCAUCAACCUUCUCACGUUGGUGAGGUUCUUAGUCGACAACUGCCCGGUAGAGUUGCGCGAGCAUUUCGUGCCACCCAUUCUGGCCACGUGUUUCGAGCAGAUGGAUACCAAGAUCAGCUCGGAGUGGGAAAAGCUAGGGCAACUGGGGGCCGUGCCAGCUGCUGGAGAGGAGUUGACGGAGGAGAUGAAGGCCGAGAGCAUUCUGAGGCAGCUCACCUAUUCCGCAGUGCUUAUGGUCGCAGAUGUCCUUGACCCAGCGAGAGUCGCAUCUCCGACAACUUCCCCGGACAAGCCAGAGGAUGGUAUGGCACCCAACACGAAAUACCCCCCGCUUCGGAAAUUCUGCCUCAUGAACCCGGCUAUCGCAGUCCCGCUGCUCGUCUUCUGCAGCCACGCGAUACGCAUGCGCGACGGGAGAUGUUGCGGCGUAGUGCUGCGAGUCUUCCGCUCUAUUGUACCCGAGUUCAGCCCAUCAGACAUCCCUAAGGCCCACAAGGAAUCGGGCCAUACAGCACCCCUUGAGGAUUUCCCUAUUCCAGAGGAUACGGCCAGAGAAAUCCGGGAGUUUAUUAGCACCGAGGUUUUGAAGGCAGCGAUCUCCUCACUACACGAUCCUUAUUUUGUCGAUUCACAGAAGGAUCUGGGCGCGCUCAUCGCCUCGAUUAUGGCGUCAUACUCACACCUGACGUCCACUCCGCGGAACGUCCUUGUGUCGCUGCCAAAUAUCAAGCAGGAGGAUGUCGACAAGACCAUCCAGCAGGUGUCUAGGCCGGGGAUACACUCCCGGCAGCAGAGGGCUCUCGUCCUCGACCUACUCGAGGAUCUGAAAGGGGUGAGUAUAUCUGAGAUGGGUAAACUUACCAAGAGCCUUGGGGCACGGCCGGGGUCAUCUCACGGCGGCAAGAAGUCGACCCGGAGCAAGAUGGUGCAGGAAUUUAUGACACCAAAUGCAUCCUCAGCCACCGGGGGGCCGGCAGGUACCGGCGACUCAACAACCCGCAACAAGAGUCCUGACUUUGAGGGGGUGGCUGGGAUGUUCAACGAAGCCAGCUAGAGGUUUACAGACAGGGGCAGGGGAUGAUACGUUAUGCAAGAAUAGCCAAGUGUGAAGGCGGCCGCUCAUCACCUCAUCUAUGUUGCGUACCAAGUUAUAUAGACACGGGGCGCGGGGUCUUGUAUGUACAUACGUAGCCACAUACUUGUAUGUAUGUACUUUACAAUUGGCCUUACAAUUGCCUGGUAGGCCUACACUCCGGAACCGUGCAGUGUCUUUGCAGAUCGCCGCCAGGUAGGC